UCAGUCUGCUCUGACGGAGCCGAAGUACAGAAACCAUAUUUACAGGUACAUGUGACAGCGCUGCAGCGAUGAGUGGAAUUUUAAAGGGGAAGUUUGAAGAAAUUGACGGCUCCUCACUCUGCUCCUCUGUGCAGGAAUCAGAUGAUGAAGUUUUUAGCUGUGACACUGCUGACAGUGUUGAUAGUGUCUAUCCGUCCGCUUCUAAUCAUUUCACUGGAAAAAGUAAGGAGAUAUCAACAGACUGAAAAGAUGUUUUCAGAGGCAUAGAGUCUUCAGGAAGAUACUGGAGUUCAUGAGAUCUCAAGGUACAUGUGACAGCGCUGCAGCGAUGAGUGGAAUUUUAAAGAGGAAGUUUGAAGAAGUUGACGGCUCCUCACCCUGCUCCUCUGUGCGGGAAUCAGAUGAUGAAGUUUCCAGCAGUGAAAGCGCCGACAGCGGGGACAGUGUCAAUCCGUCCACUUCUAAUCAUUUUCCCCCUUCCUCCAUUCUCAAAAGGGAGAAGCGGCUGAGGACAAAGAAUGUGCAUUUUAGUUGUGUCACCGUGUACUACUUCACCAGGAGGCAAGGCUUCACGAGCGUGCCCAGUCAAGGGGGCAGCACCCUGGGCAUGUCCAGCCGCCAUAACAGCGUGCGCCAGUACACUCUUGGCGAAUUUGCGAGAGAGCAGGAGAGGCUCCACCGGGAGAUGUUGAGAGAACACCUCAGGGAGGAAAAACUGAACUCUUUAAAACUAAAGAUGACUAAGAAUGGCACAGUGGAAUCGGAAGAAGCUAGCACCCUUACAGUGGACGACAUUUCUGAUGAUGAUAUUGAUUUAGACAACACAGAGGUAGACGAGUACUUCUUUCUACAACCCCUGCCAACCAAAAAACGGAGAGCGCUGCUGCGGGCGUCCGGAGUGAAAAAAAUUGAUGUGGAAGAAAAGCACGAGCUGCGAGCCAUCCGCCUAUCGCGAGAGGACUGUGGCUGUGACUGCCGCGUGUUCUGUGAUCCAGAAACGUGUACCUGCAGCCUGGCAGGCAUUAAGUGUCAGGUGGAUCGAAUGUCUUUCCCAUGUGGCUGCACUAAAGAAGGAUGUAGUAACACAGCAGGUAGAAUUGAAUUUAAUCCUAUCCGUGUCCGGACUCACUUUUUGCACACAAUAAUGAAACUGGAACUGGAGAAAAACCGAGAGCAGCAAAUCCCCGCACUGAACGGCUGCCACAGUGAGAUAAGCGCUCACAGUAGUUCCAUGGGCCCUGUCGCUCACUCUGUAGAAUAUUCUAUCGCAGACAAUUUUGAGAUUGAAACUGAACCGCAGGCUGCUGUGCUGCACCUGCAGUCCGCUGAGGAAUUAGAUUGCCAAGGGGAGGAGGAGGAGGAGGAGGAGGAUGGGAGCAGCUUCUGCAGUGGAGUCACUGAUUCUAGCACGCAAAGCUUGGCACCUAGUGAGUCAGAUGAGGAGGAGGAAGAGGAAGAAGAAGAGGAGGAGGAGGAAGAGGAUGACGAUGAUGAGAAAGGGGACAGCUUCGUGGAAGGUUUGGGUACCCAUGCUGAAGUUGUCCCUCUUCCUUCCGUCCUUUGUUAUUCUGAUGGCACCGCCGUUCAUGAAAGCCACACGAAAAAUGCUCCUUUUUAUGCCAACUCUUCAACUCUGUAUUACCAAAUAGAUAGCCACAUUCCAGGAACUCCUAACCAGAUCUCUGAGAACUACUCUGAAAGAGAUACUGUCAAAAAUGGUACCCUCUCGCUGGUGCCUUACACCAUGACCCCGGAGCAGUUUGUUGACUAUGCCCGACAAGCAGAAGAAGCCUACGGCACCUCCCACUACCCAGCUGCCAACCCCUCGGUCAUCGUUUGCUGCUCCUCUUCAGAAAAUGACAGCGGUGUGCCCUGCAAUAGCUUAUAUCCCGAACAUAGGUCCAAUCAUCCUCAAGUCGAAUUUCACUCAUACUUGAAAGGUCCCUCCCAGGAAGGGUUUGUCUCUACAUUGAAUGGUGACAGUCACAUUUCAGAGCAUCCUGCUGAAAAUUCUGUGAGCCUUGCAGAAAAGAGCAGAUUGCACGAAGAGUGCAUCAAAUCACCCGUGGUUGAGACCGUCCCUGUUUAGUAGCUUAAGUUAUUCUAGGACCAAGUCUUCUCCUAUUUAAAGCACUGUAUUUAAUUGGAUUUCCUGGGCUCAUGGUUGUUUAAACUAAGGACCGAGAAAACUUGGACUGUGGUGAAUCUUCCAGACUGUAUUUUGUUUUCUCCUUUCUAGCUAUGUGACUGUGGCAUUGUACAAAUACAGUCUCUAUGAGGAUUUUAAAAGAUUUCAGACUGUUUUGAUAGAAAAUGCUAAUUUUAAAAAAGCAUAUCUCACAGUUGCCUACCUGUCAAACUGUGUGAAACCUGCCAAGCUGUGUAGAUCAGAGCUCCAAGUUUUGGAUUAUCGGGCCUGUGCAAGAUUGUUAACUAAGACUGGGAAAUAAUUAAGAUUUAGAGUCCUAAUUUUCGAUAUAUCUGAAGAUGAUGGUGACUUUUUAAUGUAAAAGUAAUUAUUGUAAGAAAAAGAUUGAAUUGUUUCAGGUGUAUUUUAUUUAUGGUAGUUAGAAGUCAUGUUUUGAUGAAAAUGAACAGCAGCAUGUUCUUUUAAGCUGAAGAUGCAUAGUUAGUACCACCGAGCAUGCCCACAUGGAUUGCAUCUGGAAUCCAUUCACGUUUUUAUGAUCAUGACUGAUCAGAUUUGCAAAUACUUUCUUAAGGGUGAAAUAGGCCUAUUUUUGCUAUUUUGGACAAAUAAAUGAGUCUAUAUGUGCAGGUCCUUACACAGUUUUCUCUAAAGUUAAGAGUUAGGACAAUCCUCUGGCGAGGGUCUAGUUCAUUGCCCUCCCUCAGCUGACUCCAGAGAUGGAGGUAGAAGGAAUUGCCUUUCUUUUUUAGACAGCAUCAUCUUGGUUCUUAGCUUGGACAGCACCUUUAAACUCUACUCCCCUACAUCAAAAUGCACUUUAGUGCCCCUUCAUGGUACCUUGUGAGGGGUGGGGACUGAGAACUCUUUGAGAUGAAAAAUUAAAAACAAUUUUUUUAAUCUGUAACUAUAUAAGGUUCAUAUAAUUAAUAUAGAGGAAUCAUCCAAUGAUACUUUAUGAAGGAAAAAUGACCUAUUUUCCUUCGCCACUCUGACGACCUAACUCAGUAAAAGCAGAGGAGGCUGAGGAAACGUGGAAGAAACACAUCCUCGGCGACCAGCCUUUUCUACAGCGUGAUCAAUCCAUCUCUACGAAGUGAGUGUAUAAUGAGAUUCCCAUUUAGUGACCAGCUGAUUGAAGGGAGGCCUCUACCCAAAUACUCUGCUAGGCCUUACUUUUCUGAAGCAUUUUGAUUUCCCUUGCCUGGGACAAUUAGCAGAACAGUCCAGAAUGCAUUGAAUAUUUUCUAAUUACCUCACGUUCUCUUAUUAAAGGGGACAGAUAGAAAUAAAACAUGCACUCCCCACCUUUAGAUUCUCUGCACUUGGUUCGUCGGAGGACUUCUAAGAUCCCGUUUUCCUGUAAAUUAAUUUAGGUAACUAAAUGGUGUGUUCUACCUUUUUUUUUAAUGCAAUAUGACUAUGCUAAAUCUGUUUCACAUUUUUGACCUUCUACUGUUAUAUCAUUUCAUGUCUUAUGCCUCUUUGAAACGUGGACAUGCCUUGCUAUUCAGUGACUGCAUCGCGACUUAUUUUUUAUGUCUUUUAGCCUUGGAUGUUUAGAAAUAUGGAUAUAAAUAUAUUGUAGAUCUCAGUUCCUUAAAAGAAUACUAUUUUAUUUAAUUGUACUUAAAAGCUUUGAUCUAGAGAAAGUCCUCCAAUGGAAAAGUUUCUACUAAAACUUGAUUUGGGGAAAACAUGUUUACUUGACAGCUCUUCCACUGUGCAGUUGGUUCCUAGGAGCCCUUUCUCUGUCCUACCACUGGGCCAAAUUUAUAACCAUUAAUAUUAACAUUAAAGGAGCUUUGGGUUUGUCCUUAUGGAGGUGGUAGUAAUGGGGGCAAGGAUGUUCCCUUUGAAUGAUAAGCCCUUUGGACUAACCAGAUUGGGAUUUUGCUCAAAUCUCAAUAGUAUAUCCCAUGUUGUCUACAAAGCUACAGUUUUUAGUGCUUGAUCUCCAAAUUUCUUUCCCCUACCAAUAUAAUCUAAAGAGCACAGGCCCAAAGAGAAAAUGACAAGAGGCUAUUGUUCCUUCAUUCAAGCACGUGAAAGAAUCGUGUGCGCCAUAUUUGCUAGACCAUUACAAGCCCUUGAAGUAUUUACAUGUGAAGCACUCAGCUUAUUCUUGAAACACAGAGUGUGGCAGAGUGGGGAAGAGAUGACUCUGGCUGGGGUAGAGUUGAAGGGCAGAAUGUCAGUCCAGUUUCUGAAAGGAUAGAUAUUUAAUUUAGUUCAGCUUUAUUUUCACAAGAAGGUUGACACCUAUUUGUUUACGUUUGGCUGGGUAUCUGUUUUGUAGCUUCAUUUCCAAAGGGAUGCUUAACCUACAAACAGGCAAACAAAAAACCAGAGCUUUUUCCCCUUUCUGUCCAAUUGGGGUUGAAAGUCACUGCUACACAGAAGGACUAAACUUCCAACCGUGACAGCUUCCAUUCCAAAUUUUCCUGUGCGUAACCUAACCCCUAAACAUCUCCUACAAUCUACAUACACAGAUUACCUAUGAAAACACCCCUACUUCCCCCACCCCAACACACACACACACAAAAUAGAUGUAUACCACACACUGGAGAAUGACAGAUUUUAGGCAAUGGCCAAUGAGUACUGAAUUUUUCCCACCAUAGAAUCUGGUUGGGUUUUAUGAUCUAAAAACGUGGUCUAGAAAAGAGGAUAAUUUUUAUAGAAAUAGUUUGAAAAUAUUGGGUCAAAGUUGCAAAUAAUACUAGUGAUGGAGUCAUUUUCAUUGUUACUUCCUUUCCCAGAAAAGCUGAGAGAACACAGUGUUCUAUCUGACUUUUUUUUUUUUCCAUUAAUAGCCCUUUAUUCAACAAAAACUGCCCACAUGCCAGGAAAGCGCUACAGUUUUUCUAAGCUUUUUAAAAUGGGGAUCAAGCUAGAUGCAGCUAGUUGGGGUAUUUAAGAUCUUUAUGCCAAGACACAAUAACCUGACCUGCAGCUGUUCUAUUGCCCCCAUAGUACAUCUAACCAAAUUAUAGUCUUUUUUUGACACAGCUUUUCAGUCAUUCACUGUCAAUGGCAAAGCUUCUUGCCUUGGUGCCUGUUGUUUUAGCACCAGCCCUAUACCUUUUAUUGGGGCUUAAUUCCCAGUUAUAAUCCAGGCCAAAUUGAUUUGCAAGUCAAGUGGCUGAAGCAGCUUGCAUUUCCUUUGUCAUUCUAGGUUUCUUUUGAGAGAAGGAAGUCAAUGAAAUACAUUUACUUAAGUUUUUUCUCUGUCUCUUGAUCAUUGAUUAUUAAGGCACAAGUAACUUAAAGUCUGUUUGUCUCAUGUCUUUUGGUUAAUUGAAUGGUAUAGUUACUUUUUGAAAGCCAAUCUUUUCUUUGUGAUGAAACUAUAUUUUUCCCAGUGUGCCAGACACAUAUAAAAUGUGAAAUUAAUAUUUGAGUGAUAAAAUAUUCACAAUCAUAUGUGGCCCAGCAAUACCCCCCCCAGAAGAAAAAACUAUGAGUUGCAGAAACACUGGACACAAAUUAAUAAAGAAGCAAAGAGAUUAUAAGUGAUUAUGUUCUUUAAAAUUUUACAUUCUAACAGAUGACUUCUAGAUUCUGAUUUGGUUAUCAUUCAACAGGAAAAUAUAUGAUGAUUUAUUUCCUAUAAAUUGAUAUAUCACUGGUUUUUUGAUUAAACUUCUGAUAUUGUUGUACAAGUUUAUAACCCUUUUGAUAUUUAGAAUUUAUUAAGUAUCCAUACUUUCAACAAAUAUUUAUUGAACACCUACUGUGUUAGAGGAAAAAAGAGUUCGUGGUAAAAAGAGUGGGGGAAACACUAGAAAUUCUAAGGGAUUAUGAUGAUGAUGAAGAGUGGCAUGAAAUAAUCAAUCAAGCCUCAUCAUAAUCCUUUUAAUUUGUGAUUUUAUAAAUUGGUAUUAGAAAAAUGAUGUCAAUUCUUGUCUAAUUAUAUGCAAACUGCAACUAAAAGGAUAUUCUUUUUCCAAAAUUAAUGGAACUCACUGGAUCAUCCUUGCCUCAACCCCUAUCUGAAAUUUGUGAAUUAAAUCUAGACUCAGCUAGAACUGGAUUGAAUGAAAGAGAGAUAUUCAGCUAAUUGCUUUUCAGUGUUAUAUUUUUAUAAGUGAUGCUAAACUUACACCAGCAAACUCCUACCAGACAGUUUCAAAGGCAGGUUGACUCAUGCAUAGCCCAGGAAACCUUUGAAACAACAGUGUGGAACACAAUAACUCUUACUUCUAUUUAUAAAUAGCCUAUCAAAAUAGCAAAACCCUAGUUCCAAGUUCCAAAGGCAUUACCUGGCAACCUGUAGAAAACAGAGAGGUCGUUUGGCCCCCUCACUCUUAGCUGGAGUUACAAACCAUUAGCAGGUGGAAAGCUGACAUCCUCAGAAGUCAACCAGAGACUGCCUUUUAAAAAGAUGCCAUAAAGCCUUCCAUUUCUCCAAAUAUGACUUAAUCUUUCUCUUUAAAAUGGCAUCUGCUCCUAUUCUCUCUCAGAUUUGAGAGUGUCAUUAUUGAAGUCAGUGUAUAAAAUACCAACCUUAAAUGGGAAGUACCUUCAUGCUUUCAAACUCAAGACUUGACUGUAAUUUGAAACUGGAACUAUCUGUGUAUCCUUACCACAACCAACACCAAAAGUUUAAAGCCUUAAUCACUCUUAGCUGUAACACAAAUUUGUGACUACAGAUUACUGUAUUCUUUCUGAGAUCUGCUAACUUGUGCUCAAGUAACUUAAAUAUUUAAGCCAAAUGCCACAGCUUUGCACAAAUAGGACAGCUUGUCAGAUGUUUUCUGUAGCAUUAAAGAAUUUAACUGACUUAAUUUAACUGAACAUCAGCAAUUUGAAAAUUUACUAGAAUUAUGGAAGUGUCACGUGGAGUGAGGAUGAAAUAUAAGCUUAAUAAUUGGUGGUCUCUCCUA